CCGCAGCUGGCACUGCAGGCGGUGGCCGGGGGGAAGCGGCUGCUCGGGGAGUCUGAUUUCCAGCGCUGUUUAUUAAUAACCCCUCUCCGCCCCAUGCUCAGCCCAUGUGCAGCGCAGAGCCGGCGGCGCUGGGCUCCAGGGGAGGAAGGGACCUGAUGGCACAGCCCGAGCCCCCUCCAGAGCUGCUGCUGGAUGAAGCCAGAGCAUCCCCAGCCCCGCAGGGAGCAGCUGAAGGAGCUGCUCCACACUCAGAACGUCCUCACAGCCCGUUGGACCCAGCAGGGAAUGGAUCUAAACCCCUGCACAGGGGCAGCCCAGACUCCAGGCAGGAGCUGCAGGCUGCCAGCAGAGAUCCUUCCUUGGAGAUGAGCACACCAGGAGCUCAGCUGGGUGAGGGUGCAGCCGGGGCUGGGAUCCCGCUGGACAUGGAUGCAGAUGGGACAGGAAUCCCACUGGACAUGGAUGCAGAUGGGACAGGAAUCCCGCUGGACAUGGAUGCAGACGGGGUAGAGAUUCCACUGGACGUGGAUGAAGGUGGGACAGGGAUCCCAGUGGAUGAGGGUACAGCAGGAAUUCUGCUGGAUGUGGAUGAAGGUGGGACAGGGAUCCCAGUGGACAAGGACACAGCAGGAAUUCCGCUGGACGGGGAUGAAGGUGGGACAGGGAUCCCACUGGAUGAGGAUACAGCAGGAAUUCUGCUGGAUGUGGAUGAAGAUGGGACAGGGAUCCCACUGGCCAUGGACACAGACAGGGCAGGGAUCCCAGAUGAUGCAGAUGGGGCAGGGAUCCCGCUGGACAUGGACACGGAGGGAGCAGGCGGCCCUCUGGAUGCUGAUACCACAGAGCACCGAUGCCUGAGCCUGGAAGAGCUGGGGAAUUAUUUCCAGGAGUGCAUCGAGGUGGUGGAGCAGCUGGAGAGGGAGAGGGACCGGCUGAUCUCGGAGCUGGCGCAGCUGCGCGAGCCGGCGCUGCAGGAGAUCCGCCAUGCCCACGAGGAGAUCCAGGCUGCCUGCAGGCUGCUGGCCAAGGUGGAGCUGGAGAGGGACAACCUGCGCGAUGAGAUCCGCCAGAUCAAGCAGAAACUCUUCAGGGUGACCAAGGAGUGCGUGGCCUGCCAGUACCAGCUGGAGAGCCGCAGGCACGACCUCUCCCAGCACGCCGCCUACCAGGGCGAGCUGCAGAGCCAGGCGGGGCAGCUCUCGGGGGAGCUGUCCCAGCUGAAGGAGACCUGCGAGAAGGAGAAGGAAGUUCUGAGGCAGCGCCUGGAGGCUCCUCCCUGCCGCCAGGACAACCUGUACCUGCAGGAGAGCCGCAGGCUGUCGCUGGAAUUCGAGAGCUUCGUGGCCCAGAGCCGGCGGGGGCUGGAGGAGCACUACGAGCCGCAGCUGCUGCGGCUGCUGGAGCGGCGAGAGGCCGGGGCCAAGGCUCUGCAGGAGAUGCAGGGGGAGAUCCAGGGCAUGAAGGAGGCCCUGAGGCCCCUGCAGGGUGAGGUCAGCCGGCUGAGGAUGCAGAACCGCAGCCUGGAGGAGCAGAUCGUGCUGGUCAAGCAGAAAAGGGACGAGGAGGUCGGGCAGUACCGGGAGCAGGUGGAGGAGCUGGAGGACAGGCUGAAGGAGCUCAAGAACGGCGUCCAGCUCCAGCAACGCAAGAACCAGGAGCUGGAGGAGCUCAGGACCAGCCUCCAUCGGGAGCUCUCCAUCUACAAGAGCUGCUUAGAAAUCUACGGCCACCUCUGCAAAUCGGAGGAAAAAGCAGAGCAGGACUCUUAGAGCCACAGAAUUUUCCUCUUUGUAGCAAAACCCAACGGCCAGAGGAUCCAAGGGACUUCUCCUCGUGCUGCUUUACCCUGCCUGAUGUGCAGCAGCCGCCUGGAGCUGGGAAUUCCAAUCCUUUCCCUGGGUAUUUCCCCAGGUGCUGCUGCUGCUGCUGCUCUUGUAGUCAAAGUGCUUUUCCCCAGAGGAGCAGAGCAGACAAUCCUGGUACUGAACAAAGGAUAUGGAUGAGGAGUAACUGAUUGAUGGUUUUGCUGUGUUUGGGAAAAUGUUGAGUUGUUCAAGCCUGCACGGAAAGUUCUGGGAGCUGGUGUUAGGAGGGGUUUGACUUUUACAGUUUACAUGCAAGAGAAGCUCUCUCCUUUGAAGAGGAUUUUCUUUUGUAUUUCAAGAGUUUCUGCUGUACUGGGAGAUGCUCCACAGAAAUGAGGUGGUGGGGAAGAGGUUUCCACUUUAUAUCGAGUCUCACACUGAAAAUAAAAGGUCAGAGUUUAAGGA